AUGCCGGGGCCGGGGGCGCACCUGCUGUACGCGCUGUCCGGCGGGGCGGCGCUCUCCCGGCUCGCCGGCGGUGGCCGCCGCUUCGGCCCGCACCACUGCGCCGUCUACGCCUUCAACGCCUUCCUCGGCCCGGACCUCGGCGCCUUCGCCGAGUGGCUCGCGUCCUUCCUCCCCUCCACCCCCGCCGCCGCCGCCGCGGGGGACCUCGCCAUGGCCGCCGUCCACCACCCCUUCUACUACCCGCUCCUCCUCGGCCUCCCGCUCGCAUGCCUCUACGCGUGGCUCUCCCGCCGGAUGCUCCGCGCCGGCCUCCUCGACGCGCCUGCCGGGGUAGUAUUAAGCAGAAGACAGUGCUUCUUGCUAAUCGCAGCCGGCUCGCUCUCCCACUUCUUCUUGGAUCACUUGUUUGAGGAAAAUGGCCAUUCUACAAUGUAUACUUGGAUACUGAGGACUGGUUGGUGGAAAGGCCGCGCUCCUAUCAAUCCAGAUGCAGUGUUUGUUGUUGGCCUUCUUUGCGUUUGCCUCAUUGGGGGAUUUGUGUACAUUAACAGAGUGAACCAUGGGAAGUCAGUGACUGAAAAGUCAAAUCAAUCUUUCUUUCUCAUCCUGGUGAUAGCCACCCUGUACUGUAUGUGGUGUGCCAGCCAGAUAUACCUGCGAAAUCCCCCUCAACCCGCCAUAGGUGAAGAGGCUGAUCUUGGAGUGAUAAUAUUUCUUGCAAUUUACCUUUUUCUCCCGCAUGGCUUGUGUGUCUUGUCGAUGAACCAAAAAGAUUACAAUGAAGCAUUGGAUGGACUGCCAGUUUGA